AGUUUUACCGUCAGAUGUCUGCAAAGUGAUUGUUGGUGAAGAAGAGCAGCAACAGUGGAGCCCCCUCCUGGACUCAGAGCACACACACAUCAAAGAGGAGCAGGAGGAAGCCUGGAGCAGCCAGGACGCAGAUCAGCUUCGACGUCCGCAGGAGGCCUGUGUCACCAUAUUAACAUUCAGUCCCGUGAAAAAUGAAGAAGAUGCUGAGGAGAAACCAGAGUCCUUGCAGCUUCAUCGCCAUCAGACUGGAAUGACAAAAGAAACCAGGAACUCAGACCCAGAAAGCCAUUCAGAGCCAGGAACUGACAAAGCUUCAGACUCUUCUGAGACCGAGGUGAGUGACGGUGACUGGGAGCAGAACAAGGAACCUCAGUCAGGUCAAAAAUGCCGGAAAAACCACAACUUCACUAUUAUCGACAUUAACUGUAACAUUGAGCGAUCGUUCAGCUGUUCCGAAUGUGGUCAGAGGUUUGGCAGAAAGCCACACCUCAAAGCACACAUGAGAAUUCACACUGGAGAGAAACCCUUUAGUUGCUCUUUUUGUGGCAAAACAUUUUCUCAGAAAGGAAACUCCAUCAGCCACAUGAGACUUCACACAGGAGAGAAACCUUUCAGCUGCUCCAUCUGUAAGAAAAGUUUCAGAUACAGUGGUGACGUGAGCAGGCACAUGAAAAUCCACACAGGACUGAAAAAAGGCCGCAGCAAGGUUAGCGACAUGGUCAGCAGUGGCAUUCAUGUGAGGUCAAGACCUGGCGGGAGCUUACAUCCAGACACAGGCCCAGACCACAAGAGCCCAAAGAGGGUCAACAGAGGGGCAGCUGUGCCACCCUCCUUGAAAGAGCUGAGGAGAGCCCCCAGCAGCCACAGUGCAGAAGCCACAGGAGGCUGCGGUGACGCGUGGAGUGUGGUGAGGGGAGAUGGGCCCCACACCUGGGAGGGCCUGGGGAUGUUCCCAGAGAGUCCAGGUACCAUCGUGCCCCGAGGGGCAUCCGCCCCUAGACCCAGGAGAUAUUACCCUUUUCCAAGGGGUGGAGACAAGAAGACCGUCCCCGGUCCCGCAGCAGCAUCCCAGACCCCGACCAGAUGGCCAGCUCCUCCUCUCAACCUCCUGCCCCCAACAGCGAACAGAGAACGGGGAUAUGACAAGGUGAUGGAGCUCCAGAGGAAGCUGUUGGAUCUGAUAUCAAAGCUUGAGGAGCAGCAGGUAACAGACGAGUUCGUGCUCCUGUCAAAGAUAAAGCUGAAGCCUUGCCACACAGGCUGCUCACAGGAGGCGCCCCACUGA